UCGCAGAUAUGGUUGAUACUGCGUCAAGCCGGGAGUCGCGGUGGGGAUCGCCAGUCGUGCCGCGGCGGCCGCUGGGCAGCGGAGACAGCUCCAGCAUGCAGUCGGCUCGUCCGCCGUCAACCUCGGCCGAGCCGUCCUCGGCGUCAUCGAUGACGUCACUGGAGGAGCGGGCCACGUCCAGCUGGUCGGACGUCGUCGGCACCGGCUCGGCCGUCUCCUGCGACGUGGUCGUCAUCGGCGCAGGCAUCGCCGGCCUCACGGCCGCCCACGAGAUCCUGAAGCGUGACCCGACCGUCGAUCUCUGCGUGCUGGAGGCCAAAGAUCGAGUGGGUGGACGGACAUUCAGCACUGAGAUGCGCGUGAGGGAUGGCAAGACGGAAACGUUCGACCUGGGCGGCCAGUGGGUCGGCACCGUGCAGACCGACAUCAUGGAGACGUUGACUGAGCUCGGCCUCGAAGUGUACCCCCAAUACAUCAAGGGCACCAAGUACAUGCAGCUGGGAGGGGAGCGGAUCCGAACGUACCGCAGCACCAUACCCAACCUGGGCUCGUGGUGGGGCCUCGUCCAGCUCCAGCUCUUCAUCUGGAAGGUGGACCGGCUGGCCCGCCGCUGCUCCCCUCUGAGUCCGUGCCGCGACAAGACCAUCAGCAAGCUGGACGGCCACACCGCCGACUCGUUCGCUCGAAGCCACAUCAGCAAUGAAGCUGCCCUCGAGGCCAUUGAUUCGGCCUGUAAGGUCAUCUUUGGCUGCGACUCCACCCGGGUCAGUCUGCUGCACUUCCUAGUGGACGUGCACGCCGCCGGCGGUCUGACCCCGCUCCUCGAGGCGACCCCGGGGUCAGCUCAGGAGUUCAAGGUCAAGGGCGGCACGCAGCAGAUAUCGAAGCUGCUGGCGGCGCGCGUUGGGGAGCAGCGUCUGCUGCUGCGAGAGCCGGUCACCAGAAUCAGUCAGGAGGACGGCACCGUCACCGUCACCACCGGCACCGGCAGGACCUUCCACUGUGAAUACGUUAUCUCGUCAAUGCCGCCAAAUCAGCUGAUCAACGUGGAGUUCCGGCCGCCCCUCUCUCCGGACAAACAGCAGAUCCUGAGGGGCAUGCCCAUAGGACACCUCAUCAAGUUCGUCGUCACAUUUGAGGAGCCGUUCUGGGGGAGCGCCGGUUUCUCCGGGGAGGUGGUCACCGGCGGCGGCGCGGCGCUGGUGGACGGCUGCCGGUCGGGCCCACUCUGCAUCGUGUACGACGCCACAUCCAGCACGGGCAGCGCCGCUCUCGUCGGCUUCAUCGCCGGCAGCGCCAGCGUCGACUGGCAGAAGAAGACGAAGUCGGAUCGGGAGCAGGCGGUUGUGACGAGUCUGGCGCAGUUCUUCGGUAAUGACGUGAAACGCUACAUUGAAUACCAGGAAAAAGUGUGGGCUGAGGAGCCGUACGUCGGCGGGUGUCCCGUGUGCUUCGCCGUCCCCGGCGUGAUGCGCACCUACUCGGCGCUGCGGCAGCCCCACGGAAACGUGUAUUUCUGCGGUACGGAGCUGGCGACGCGGUGGGUCGGCUUCAUGAGCGGAGCUGUGCAGACCGGCCGAGAGAUGGCAGCAGAGGUGCUGCACGUCAUGCGGCCCGGCUGCCUCAGCGUCGCUGACCUGCACCUCAUCAACAGACGGUCCUCCAAACGGGCGGACGUGCAGAGCCGGCUCCGGCUGGCCGUCGAGGACGACGCCGGAGACUGGAUGUGGCGGGCGGCCGCCGUCACCGGCGUCGCCGUCCUCCUCGUCUGGGUCGGCAGGCGCUGCCUGGAGGGCGUGCUCUGCUAGGCGGCCGGCGCCCGGACGAUGUGGAAGGUGAUGUGUGAGCUGGCGUGCCGCGUGUCAGCGGCACGCCUAGCGGAUGCACUGCCUGGAAGGCGUGUUCUGCUAGGCGGCCGGCGCUCGGACAAGCGGAAGAUGAUGCUGUGUGAGCUGGUAUGCCGCGUGUUAGCACGAUGUACGUGUGUAGCCUGAGUGAAGCGUGACUAAGUGCCGUGAAGUGAAGCGCAAAAUAGGCCGUGGAUUAGGUCGUCGCCACGGAAGUUUGCGCGCUUGCUAGAUGCUGCCAACUCGCAAAGUUUUGUAACGGUUCGAAUGCACGAGUGUGAUUUCUUCGCAAUGUAUUCUGUCGUCUGGAAAUUGUUACAGUGUUCUGUUUGAUGUGUUGCCGAGGAGGUACAAAUGAGCCUGUGUUUGUGCCAAGCAAGUAAUACAUAUU